AUGGGUGAAUCGCCUGUCAGACGAAGAGGGGGGACGGAAAAAAUUGAAUCGGAAAGCCCGACUCAUGAUUUACCUAAACCGAAAUUCUCGAGAAAAACUUCUCGAUCUCACAAAGAUCUCGAACGUGUUCAUUUCCAAAUGGUCAAUGAGCGUGUUGUAGAAGAUAUUACGUUAGAUGUGCUGUAUAAACCUCACACCCUUACAAUAUUGGGACUUCUAUGCGCUUUCCUAGUCUAUAAAGCUUUCACCGGACAUACCAAAAGUACUCCCGAAAAUGUUUAUGAUGGGGCGAUGGGUACACUCACUCUUUUCUUAGUUGUUAGUGCGCUAGCGUUUCCAAACGGCCCUUUUAUCAGACCUCAUCCAUUACUGUGGCGAAUAAUAUUUGGGUUGUCUGUUGUGUACAUGAUGAUCUUACAAUUCACACUCUUUCAAACUUAUGAUGAUAUUAAAAAAGUCCUAUCCUGGCUUGAUCCCGAAGGAUUGAGUCAAUUGCACUUGGAGGAGAAGCAAUAUGCCAUAAACUGUUCUGAUAUGACAGCUGAAAGAAUCUGGAGUCAUAUGGAUAUUUUCGCUGUUGGACAUUUCUUAGGGUGGGCUAUGAAAGCAUUGCUAAUACGUCACGGAGUCAUUUGCUGGUACAUCAGCAUUGCAUGGGAAAUGACUGAGGUUGUUUUCACUCAUUUACUCCCCAAUUUCGCUGAGUGUUGGUGGGAUGCCAUCGUGCUUGAUAUUCUUCUGUGCAACGGACUAGGCAUUUGGUUCGGCCUACAGCUUUGUAAGUUUUUGGAGAUGAGACAAUUCCAUUGGGAAAGUAUAAAAAAUAUUAAAACAAAUAGAGGGCGUUUCAAACGUGCUGUCUUACAAUUCACACCAGAGAGUUGGACUAGAGUAGAUUGGUUUAACACUCAUGCACUGAAAAGAACGAUUGCGGUCUACCUAUUCGUUCUUAUUUGGCUCCUCACAGAAUUGAAUACUUUCUUCAUGAAACAUGUGUUCUCAGUUGAUACAAAACACCCUGUUGUAUUUUGGAGAAUAAUUCUCAUAGCUCUCAUAUCAGCCCCUUCCAUUCGACAAUAUUAUUUAUAUGCCACUGAUCCCCUUGUUAAACGAUUGGGAAUGCAAUGUUGGGUUUACUUGGCUGUGUGUGCGUUAGAAGCUACAAUAUGUGUUAAAUUCGGUCGUCAUAUGUUCCCGAACAUAUCACUUUGGCCGUUUGUCAUUUGGAUUCUCAUUUUGAUAUUGGGUACCUUCGUGUCGAUAUGGAUUUCAGUGUGGUGGGCGCAAGCCUCGAAGAACACAAAAGUUGUCAACAUUGAUGGCGAGAAAAAAUGCUUUUACCUUGAUUCCUCAUACGAAAAUUUGGGAGCCAUUCAUGAUGAUGUUCGGAGAAGACGUCGUUCUCUUGGGUUCUCCGAGUCGGACUACAAUUAG